UCUAUCACCCACGGCUUUGUGUAUAUCAAAGCAACUUGUGGCCUAUAUAUACAACCCUUCUCUAGCAAUCCUGUGAUCAUUUCAAACUAGAGAAAUUUCAUUCUCUCUCUAUAUAUCAAGCUUUUCUUUUCUUUUAAAUUCUCCAUAUGGAUAAGGUUUUUCUAGCCAUUUUUAAUGCUUGUUUUCUAUUUUAUUCACUAGGGUUUGUUCAUGGCAUGCAUUCAUGUAGCGAUGUUCCUUUUGUUCAAAUAUGCAAUGAUUUUAUUGGCCAGAAUCUUGCACAAACCCAGCAUCAAACACCCUUCAUGUUUCGUGAUCAAUCCCUUCUAGUGACCAUGAACCAAGCCAUUGAAGCUCACCAAAUGAUCUCUAAUAUGGACUUGAGUUCAUUUGAUAACAAAGCCAAGUUGGCUUGGACUGAUUGUUUGGAGCUAUAUGAAGAUACACUAGACCAUCUUAACCGUUCAUUGAGCUCUAGAAAUCCAAUAGAUUCUCAAACCUGGCUAAGUGCAGCAAUUGCCAGUCAACAAACUUGCAAAAAUGGGUUUAUUGAUUUUAACUUAGCCUAUCAUUUAGAGUCUUUGCCAUUUAUGGUGAUGAGUAACUUGUCAAAGUUGCUUACCAAUUCACUUGCCAUAAAUAAGGCUACUGUUUCCUCUUCAUAUAAUACCAACAAAGUUGGUGGCAGGCGGUUGCUUGCCGAUGGAUUCCCUCGGUGGGUUUCGGCUGGCGACCGAAGACUUCUGCAGUCGUCUAGAGGUGCAACGGCAGCUGAUAUUGUGGUAGCUCAAGAUGGGUCUGGUAAUUACAAGACCAUAUCUGAGGCUGUGGCAGCAUCGGUUAAUCGAAGAAGCGGGACAAAGAGAUUUGUGAUAUACGUGAAAAAGGGUGUUUAUAAAGAGAAUGUGGAGAUUAAGAAAUCAAUGAAGAAUUUAAUGUUUAUUGGAGAUGGGAUUGAUUCUACCGUUGUUACUGGUAACAAAAAUGCUCAAGAUGGUUCCACAACUUUUCGUUCUGCUACUUUUGGUGUCUCCGGCGAAGGCUUUAUUGCCAAGGACAUGACAUUCGAGAAUACAGCCGGACCGCAGAAACACCAAGCGGUGGCCCUCCGGUCGGGCUCCGAUUUCUCUGUCUUCUACAGUUGCAGCGUCAAGGGCUACCAAGACACCCUAUACGUAUACUCUCAGCGACAAUUCUACCGCAACUGUGACAUAUAUGGAACCAUAGACUUCAUUUUUGGUGAUGCGGUUGUGGUUUUACAGAACUGUAACAUAUACGUUAGAAAACCAAUGAGCAACCAAAAGAACACUGUCACAGCCCAAGCAAGAACAGACCCAAAUGAGAACACAGGAAUUGUCAUCCAUAACUCUCGGGUGACGGCAGCUUCUGAUCUGGGACCAUUGCGGGGUUCGUUCAAGACUUAUCUAGGAAGGCCAUGGCAAAAAUAUUCACGAACUUUGUUCAUGAAGAGUAAUUUAGACGGGCUUAUUGACCCAGCAGGUUGGUUACCAUGGAGUGGGAAUUUUGCUUUGAGUACUCUUUUUUACGGUGAGUAUAUGAAUACUGGGAGUGGGGCAAAUACUGGAGGGAGAGUUAAGUGGCCAGGAUAUCAUGUCAUAACAAAGGCAUCCGAUGCCGCAAAGUUCACCGUCGGGAACUUUUUGGCAGGAGAUUCUUGGAUUCCGGCCACCGGAGUGCCAUUUGAUUCUGGUUUAUAAGUGACUUUCGAAGGAAGGAAAAAAGAAGUUAGAGCCUAAGAUGGUGAUAUAUAUAUAGCGUCCCUCAAGUGGGUUAAAUAAAUUGUGGUAGAAUUCGCCUGGGUUCUCUCUAUAGAUAUAGAUACAGGAGUUCAUAUUCCAUGGAAGUAGGUAAAUUUGUUGUUAAUUUAUUCGUACGUAUCUCUCUAUAUACAUAGAUUGAAAGAGCAAAGAUAAAUAGAGAUGCCUUUGUAAUAGAUUGCGAAUAAUUUUAUAAUAUAUGGUUGAAACUUUUUAUUUC